AAACAUGUCUGCGAAGGCGGAAGCUCGUUUCACACUAGAAGAAGCCCGAGAUGACAGGAAUUAUUUAACAGGAUGUGAAUUGGAAUUGUUCUUUUGUCGAAAGACUUUCCUGUGGGGCGUUGCUGCAAAUUUUCACAAUGAGUUUCGAUAGGCAGCACUUGCGAUUUUCAGUGGAUUUGUCCUCUAAGACAGGACACGAGGCGAUCUUGACUCACAUCGACGGAGAACUGAAACAUUUGGAGCAUGUCAGAGAAUAUCUCACCAAACGAGCUAAAGUCGAACUUGAUUAUGCUUCAGCUUUGACCAGAAUAAACACGGUUGCUGCUAAGGUUAUCAACGACAACGAGAAAGAAAGCCCCAUAAGAAAGGUAAAGUUUUCGGUCCUUUAAACUUUAUAUGUUUCUAUAUGUUUAGUUCGGAGAUAAUCGACCGGUGUGGUGGGCUUGAUCAUUGAUUCUUCAAUUUGAUUUCGUAUCUAUCGGAAAUCGUUAAGAAAUCUUGCUAAGUAUAAAAUCAUGGCAGUUUCGUUUUAACGAAAUUUUUCUUAUUUGGUUAUUGUUUUAUUAUUGUGUAUUUUUAUGUAUUGUGUGAUAUUAUGCGGCAGCAGUUCGCAGUAAGCUUGUUUUCAUUUUAAUUGCGUUCAUCACAUUCUUUGGCUCUCCGAUGCCGAAUGUUAUGUCUUGUUUUCUGUUAAAACCCGGCAGUGUUCCAUUUUAUCUUAAAGUUAUUUGUUUCGUCUUUUACUCUCUGUCAUCAGCCCCCACUACAUGUAUUUCAAAACUUUGUUUUAUUGUAAUAACAUAUUAGUUUAUUUAUACAGUAGUUAUAAAAUUAUUUGGUAUUUGACUUCCCUGACAAUGUAGGACUUGCAAUGCAAAUUUAUCAUUUUUGAAGGUUAAGCCAACCAAUAUUGCAACAGUAGAUAACUUUCUCGAAAUGCGUGGGCUAGUUGAUAUUUGUUGAAGAAAAUGAAAGGUUCACCCAGAAAAUGCAACUUUUGUAUUGGACAACACUGACAGGAUAUACAUAUAUUUUUAUACGAUUGAACUAAGCUUUCCUUUGUCCAAUUCUUUUUUUCAGGUUAUCUAUUUAAAAAAAUAAAAUGAAUAUGACAAAAUAAUAUUAUUCAUCUUGUAUUCUAAUACACUAACAUUCAGAAAUUCUGGAGCACAUGUAUCAAGAUUUCCUUCAACCUUUUUUGCAGUAUGACGGUAUUGCUGUACAUCUGCCUGUUGUAGGCUGCAGAAAAUGCAUAAAACAGAGUUUUUUAUUUUAAUUUAUGAUGUCAUGUUGAGGUUGUAGACUUGCCAAUUCUGAUAGUCCCUGCUCUGGCAUGCAAUUUUGUGGCAGCUGUGUACUGAUAUCAUUCAAUGUAUGGGUUAUAAAUAAAACUGUAGCUUAAACUCCAUUAUCAAGGUGUGAUUUUGCGGUGUCGGCAUUUAAGGAAAUAGGCUUGAAAUAUUUUAAUAUCUGACUGUUCAUUAUAGAUAUGCUUUGUAUUGAUCUGUUUGUCAUCUUAUAGCAUUGGCUAACACACUGUAGGAAAUUCCAAAUCUAUAGUUUGGGGAUGUAAGGCUGGGAAUUUUAUUCCUAACUAAACUAAUAUUAAUAUAUAUUUCAGUAAGUACAUUAUUUGAGAACACAGCGCUAGCACAAGGUAUUUGUCAUGCUAAUUUAUAAAUAUGUCAAGGUCUGGGGCGACGGGCAUAAUUUAUUAGUCUUGUAAAAAAUAUAUUUUAUAUGUUUUAUUUUACUUGCUCAGAGCCUGUUUUCAGUGUGAAUAUGUCAUAAUGUAUUAAUGAACAGAAAUAUUACACAUGUAAGUUUAUUUCAGUGUGCUGUUAUCUCAUUUUUUUACCAGGCUUGGGGCACAUAUAUUGCAGAAAGUGAAACAAAGGCCAAGUUGAUUACAGAAUUUACCAACAUUUUGAAUUCUACUACAUUAAAAAGAGUGGACCAGCUUAUUGAGGACAAGAGAAAUUUAUUGAAAAAGUACAGGGUUGAAAAGUUUAGAGUUGAUAGUGGCUACAAACAGGAAUCUGAUGAAAUUGACAGACUAAGAAAAACUUACCAAGACAAUGCGAAGGAAUCUGAGACUGGGAAAAGAAAAUAUGAGGAAGUUUGUGCAAAGGAUAAAAUAAAUGGCAAAGACUGGGAGCGUUCAAAAGAUAAAUACGUGAAAACGACUAUGAAACUUCAUCAUAAUCAUAAUGAUUAUGUGCUUGCCCUGAAAUCAGGAAAUUGCCACCAAGGAUUCUAUAAUGAUGUUUUCGUUCCUACAAUGUUAAAUUCUUUACAAUAUUUGCAAGAAGAGUAUGUGGAGGAAUGGUAAGUUUUAACUGGCAUAAAUUAUGUAACAAGCCACAAAAGCCACUCGUACUAGUCAGUCCUGAAGACUAAUAAUUAUUACAGUCAUUGCUUGCAGCUUUGCAGUUUUGUUGCACUUAUUGGAUUUCUGCUUCUAAUACAAUUACAAAACCAUAACAUAACAUUCUAGAAAAGGUUCUGGUGUUCACAGUUUUCUUAGUCUUAACAGUAAAAGCUUUUAUUGGGUCUAUAUUUUUUAUGCUGAGACUAAAAGCCAGAAAGUUAGGGAAUACAGUCAACUAGGUUCCUCAUCAGACACCUCACAAGCUAUAAAAGUAUAUUUUACAAACACCUCACUUAGACAGGGCUAAGAGACAUGAAUUCUAGCUCUUCUUUUGAACAAGCAGCUCUCCCCUUUUUUCUUGCCCAGAGCCAUUGCUUGCUUAUAUUUAGUUAAUGGUUUAGCGACGUGAUGACUUAUGUAGACCCUUGUUGUAAGCUUCACUCUUUAAUCCCUAAAAAGAAGCACUUUAUUUGAGUGUCAAGUGCUAACUGCGGACACCAUUUUUUACGUCUCCUACUGGAGACAGGACGGCCAUUUUAGGUGGUCAUCCAAGCCACGCGAAGGUCUACCAGUUUGCAGCGCAAAGGCAGUACCUUCAUUUCUCAGUUAUUUUAAGACCCUGAGUAUUGGCCCGGGCCCGGGAAUCAAACCCGCGACCUCCUGCUCGGCAGUCAAACGCUCUACCAUUCAAGCUAAUCCUGGUGCGGUUGAAGGGUUAAGUCUUAAGAGUGCCUAAUAUCCAGAUUCAAAUUCUCCAAACUAAUUUCCUUACAUUUACUUAAAGACUUAGUGGAGAGAAUUAGACAGAAGAUCACAGAAUUCUCUCUUACAUGUAGGUGAUCAUCUUAAUAAUUCUCAUAACCUCUUCUGCUUGAUUAUGCAUUGAUACCGUUAGCAGAAAAUUGAUGAUGAUCACUCUUAGGACUCAACCAUUUAAGCUCCGAGAUCCACAUUCAAAUUCUCCAAACUGAUUUCCAUACAUUUCCCAUAGAACAAGUUGAGAGAAUUUGUUAAAAGAUCAAAGCAUUUUCUCUUACGCGAUCAUUUGAUUAAUUUUUAUAAUCUUUUCUGCUUGAUACAGUAAGGAGAAAAUUGCUUUUGGGACUUAUGGGUUAUAAAAUAAAGUUACUCUCCCAACAAGAAAAUCUUCUUAUCCUGAGAAUUUAACCAAAUGGGACUUAUUUCCAGCUAUUCUAGAGUUGGUGCCUGCAGGUUUUCAGUCAUUUUCUUUGACUUCUCUCUAUAAAGGUGGACACCUUUCUAAUUGGACAGGCUAUCAGUGUUGGUGCCUGCAAUAGUAAGCUGAUUUAGCAACAGAACAGAAAUGUCAUUUGACAACGGUAAAGUGCUUGGAAAGGACUAAACUUGACUUCUGGUGCCCAAUUUGCCGCUCUACUUUUGGUCAAGCCAGCUGUUUGCUUUGCGUGGGCUGUCGUCAAUUGACGUUCCCGUUCUGUUGCUAAAUCAGCCUAAUGUCCAUCUUAGAGGGAACUGAUUGUAUUUUGUAGUUGGAUUUAGGAAAGGUCUUCUGCAGGAUGUUUUGGUUCUUCUGCAGUUUUUCAGUCAUUUUCUUCGACUUCUCUCUAUAAUUACUUUAGGCGGACACCUUUCUGAUGAGACAGGCUAUUAGUGUUGGUGCCUGCAAUAGCAUUUAUCUUAGAGAAAAGUGACUGUAUUUUGUUGUUUCAUUAAUUUAGGAAAGAUCUGCUGCAGGAUGUUUUUCAUCUUACAAACUGUUGCCGAGAAGAGUAUAUGUCAUCAAGCCAAGCAGUACAGGCCAGUGUCACGGAAGUAAAAAGAGACCAAGAGUAUGCAAACUUUAUCAAUAAGAACAGGUAUUUUGUCGAUGGUAUUAAUACAUACACCUUGGUUAAAAAAUAUGGAUGGAAAAAGGUUAAUGAUCCCCCCAAACUGCAAAACGGUCGGGUUUUUUCUCAAAGUCAGUCCAGUGUAGUGUAAGAGUGAGGCCCUAUGGGCAAUUGACUGUCCGUUUUCCAUACAAUGAGUUUGUUCUGACCAGGGGAUUCAAAAAUGUUGUCAAGCUGUCAAAACUCUAUUCACAACUCCUCCCUCUUUGUAAAUUUGAUACACCCAGUGGCUUCAAAUCUUGUGUUGAAUGCUGUAUCCAGUCUUGAGCAUUGUUUCUGUGUGCAAUGUAUAUAGUGUUUUCUGGAAGUUCCAAAAUGAGCAGAAGUGGCAGUAUGCCAACAAAGCCUGUUGCUGCUCCUCAAAGAGGGAGAAAGCCAAGCAUAGUGCUGCAGAUAAUUGUAGAAUGUGUGGCUGUUGUUUCAAAGGACAGUUCGGCAAUUUAAAGAGUGGCUGCAUGGAUUAUAAGCUCUGAAUGUUUGUUGCCACUACUAUAAAAAGGUGAAACAUUACCAAAGUUGGCUGACCUUCUAAAAACAAACUUUUCGUUGUCCUCACAAAGGAGAACCUUUCUCCACAACAGUUUUCUUGCCUGGUUAAUUAGAAACUGUGCUGCGACGCUUUUGCCAAUGAGAGAAAAACGGGACACGUCAACAGACAAUGACUUCAUCACAGUAGGGAACAUCGUGAAUAACUUGUUGGAAACUUAACUUGACAGCUUGUUAACAGCUUGCAUCAAAAUUUAGCCAAUAGGAAUUGCCCAUGGCUGGGAGAAGUGGGUAGAUCAAACAAAUAUAAUGUAUGUAAAACGGACAGUCUGUAUUUUUAGUGUCUCUCUCCAGUCUGGCUCUCUGUACGUUUUCAGCCUAGCUCUAGACGUUUUGUUUGACUGUUCACACGUACUUGAACAUGUAAAAAUACAGACUGUUUUCGAAGAGACUUAAGAACACAUUUAUUUAUAGCAACUGUAAUUAAAUUUUUAGCUUCAUAUGUGUACAUUUUUCAUAUUUUUAUUAGAUUUUAUUAUUGUAACGAUUAAUCUAAUUCAGCUUUUGGCUGCGAUUUUAAUCAGAAUAAACUAUCUAUCUAUCUGUCUGUUUUGCAGUCUAUAAUCCCCCAGAAACAUGAGUUUUUACCCUAGAUGUUUGCUACUAAUUAAUGCGCUACAGUCAGUGUCACUUCCUUUUUUAAUAAUUAAGACAGCAGUUAAGGGGCAGAUUAUCCUCACAGAACAUUAGUUUGUCCCGAUUUGUUGAAAUAAACAUUCAUAUUCAUUCAUAUUUCAAUACCCAUGACUGCUGUGGCUUGACACUUUCAAAAAAUAUUCACUUGAGGUCUGAGUAAAUUUAAGUACCUCUGUCCCUUAUAUAACCUGUGCCACAGAAGAAACUAAACUUCUGUUCAAGUCAGUCUGCAAAACAGUGCUGAAACCCUUUUUCUGGGCGGCACCUCAGGCUUGUCCGAACUAACUCUCACUUGACUUUAAAUCAUUGUUGCACUGCUACUUUUUGGUCCAUAACUGUAGAAAUUGACCACACGAUUGUUGUUUCAUCUUUUUUCUCUUUUGUUUUCUGGCAGACAGAAUCAAAAACCAGCUCUAGCAUUCAUCUUUGAUCCAACUCUUCUUCAACUGACAUCAACAGGGGUAACAGCUGAUGAAUUAGUGUUGAACGAUUUGACUAUGGAGAAACUUGAAUACAGGUGUGUUUUGAUUCUUAAAUUUGCUUUUUCAUUGUGUCCCUUAUUCUGACUACCGCUAGUUAUCCAUAGUUUCACUCAUGCACUUGUUAACCAUAUGCUAAUAUUAAUUUUCUAAAAGUUCAAUCCAGGUGAACCUCCAUGCAAUCACCUCUCCUAUUAAAAGUGCCAUAACCACCUCCCAUACGGGAACACCUAUCCCAAACCCCUAUGAACAUAAUAAUAUUUUCCUAGUCAAAUUACUAUUGUAGGAAGCUUUCGUAAAUGGCCAACUCUCGUAUGUAACCAGGACCACUUUUUGAAGAGACAAUUUUUCCACUGUUUUUACCCUCUAGUAAGCGACCACUCAACGCAUGGUCUGAUCUCUAUGUUCACUAUGUGUACUAUGCUACUUCUAAGGAACUUUAAGUGAGAACACAGAGCUUAAUAUGAUUAUAGCAACUUAUUAGAAAUUGCAUGCAGUAAAUUCACCUUCAAAAAGUGUAUGUGUUGGGACCCUUGCUUGGAAAAGACCCUCUGUGGUUGGAUUCUUGUAACUGACCACUGAAUCUUCACAUUUUGGUUGGUUGCUUAUGAAACUUGUUAAACGUCCCUCCGCCAGUCCCCAAUACCUGACAGCCAAUCUGGUUUUAUCUGUUGGUGUGAAAAGAAAAUAAGCAGUGGGUUUCUAAUUUGUACUGCCUUUCUCCUAGGAGAAAUUAUCUUACCAAGGAAAUUGAAACUAUCGAACAGCAGCUUGAAGCUAAAGUGAGUUUUACUGUCAAACUCAGAAAACCGUGAACGGCUAAAAAAUUUCAGGAAUGUUGAUUGUGUAGUGACCAAUCACAAUGAAGUUCAGGACAUGCGAGCCAACCACAAAACCACAAACUAACUACUGUUGCUUUUUCCGGUUUACUGGUUUCUCACACCUUAUUGGCUUUCUCUUCGCAACACAAUAACAUUCCAUGAAUACUUCUGAUAUUCAUGGUUUUGUGAGUUUCACAGUAAUACAGAAUGUGGAAUGUUACUUUCCUUUUCGUAAUAUUUUAGGCCCAAAUAGUAUCAAUGCAUACAUAUUUUCUCCACACUGUAAAUAGUUGAUAAUUAAAACACACCAAGGGUGGUUUCAUCUGCAACGUAUGCAUAUAGCUGUCACAUUACUGGAAUUUCUUAGUGUUUUGAAGCUUAAAAACAAGAGAAAAUUCUAGUGGGUAAAUGCAAAUAAGUUUAGAUCUACCUCAAAAGUCACUUGUUAUAUUUACUUCAUUUCUAAGUGCAUCUUUACCAAAGUUUUACCAGAAUUUUUGGAACCUUGAUAUAAAAUAAAUUUCUGCUAUUUACCCUUUGCAGUAUUUGCAGAAGUAGUGCUAGUGAGGCGGAGCAAAUGCCUGAAACAAAUAAUUGAAAUCAAACGUGAUGGGGUUAAGAAUCCCACCAGUUGGCUAUUUAUAACCGUGGUCGAGGAUUUGAACUUGGCUGGGGUGACUGAGAACAUUACUCCAGCUAGCGGUCAGGAAGGGCCACUACUGCCGAGAGGGUCAUGUGCCCAACCCCUGAAUUUUAAAAGCGUCUUGUGUCGGUGUUUAUAAGCAACAUCGCUUAUUGUCAACUUUGCCGUCUACUGUUGCAAUUUGGCCAAGGAAGGUUGCCUCAUUAAUGCAUGAUUUCCAAAUUUUAUCGCUGCCGCUACUUUUGACCAUGUCGACAUCAGGAAUUUGCCCUGGCAGUGCCUCGAUCAAGGCGGGACUGGGUUUCGGGACCUCUGAAACGCGGUCCGCUUUCUUGGCUAAGACCCACGCUGCCCUCCUCAGCCUGAGCCAUAUAUAUAUAAUGAAGUAGUAAUAUUGACAUAAGAUGGAAAAGAAUCUCAAUAUAAUAAAACUCAUUAUAGUGGACACAUUUUGCCUGUCCCUUGCUGUUCAUCAGGCUCUAUCAAGGUUCCACUGUAUGACACUGACCAGAGGAUUGUUUUGAGCCUUCACUGAUUGUACAUUACAUUUUCUAGCAAAAGGAACAUGAGCAAGAAAACAAUAAACUUCACGGGGAAAAACAAACAAAUGAAGACCACUUAAGGUACAAGUAAAAAACUUUUAAAAAUACAUCUUGCUGCUUAAUAGCAAGGAAUACAAAAUACACACAACAACAAAAUUUAAAAUGGUACCUUAACCUAGCUCUAGUUUUAUAAUGUUUAAGAAUUAUUUGAACCCUAAAAUUCUUGUUUUUUAACCUUUGCUUUAGCAAUUACACAAUCGAUAAUGGGUUUUGGGUAAGCUUAACACUUUAAGCCCCAAUAUACACAUGCAAAUUCUCCAAACUGAUCUCUAUACAUUUCCUUUAAGAAUUAGUUGAGAGGAUGUGAUAAAAGAUCAUGACAUGUUGUCUUUGGUGAUCAUUUUAUUAAUUCUCAUAACUUUAUCUCUUGACAAUGUAUGGAUAUUGUUAGGAGAAAAUUGAUGUUGGUCACUAUUGGCACUUAAAGGGUUAACAACUGGGACUUAUGUUGUACUGGCCCUAGAUCAUCUCAAGUGAGUAAGAAAAUGUUUAGAAAUGCAUACAGUUGCUACGAUAACUAAGUAAAAGGGAUCAAUGCUCCUCAUCCUACAAUAAUGUUCUGUAACAAUAUUAUCCUGGAAAAUAUAAAUUGGAGAAGAAGGGGUAUUGUUUCUCAUCUGUUGGGGGACAAAGACUGUCCAUGCCGACUGCUCUUGUUGCCCUCUUUUUAAGUGGUUUUUUCAAGAAGUCCUGACUUCAGCACCUUGGCCAAUGAUGCUUGCUAAACGUCAGCUGGUUAAUAUAAUAACAUGGAUUUUUUACUGUAUUGUUUUGUUCCUAAACAUGCAUAUGUUUCCUUUGUUACUUAGUUUGCACGGCUAGCUUCUGUACUAGUAAUUAACACUUCCAAGGUUAGACAAUGAUGCAGUCUUCAAUACUGUUGAAGUUCGAAGUUUGUUUUGUAACAUUUGCUUUAUUUUUGUGGUUUGAUAGCAUCAUUCAAAAGGAGCAGAAUGUAGCUGUUCUAAGCUGGCAUGUAGAAGAUCUAAAGUGCAAAAAAACUAAGCUAGAGGUACAUGUAUCAUAUUUUAUUAUUAUACACCAUUAUUUAUUGUUAUUUACAUUAUUAUUUGAGAGUAUUGUGGUAACUAUUUAAGCCCCAAUAUCAACAAGUAUAUUCUUGCCACUGAUCUCCAUAGAUUGUACACAUGAGGAGAAUUUUCUUUUGCAGUCAAGACAUCUUAUCAUUGUUAGUCAUCUUCUUUGCUUUUUUAUUAAAGCAAGUGUUUAGGUGGAGAUGUUACAGGCCAAAAUUAAAUUCAGGUUAAAAUUUUUUAACCUAGGUGGAUUCACAAUUUCCUUUGUCUCCUAGCCUGUUGUCCCUUUUUCGAGCUAAAGAACACUGAUGCGUUUUCUGCAUACAUUUUUUCUACAACAGUAAGGGGAAAAUGAGUAAAACAAGUACAGGACAAUGUUUAGCACACACAAAAAAGCAUAUACACAAAAAAUCGGCAAUUUUUGAGCAGUUUCAACUUUAGGCAUAUUUUUCAAAUGUGCCCUUUUUCCACCGGAACCUUAUUCAUGAAGUAAGGCUAAGAGACAGAGAAAAUUGAGAAACAACCUAGGUUAAAAAUAUUUUAACCUGAAUAUAAUUUUGCCCUGUAAUAGAGACCUGGUUGUUAAGCUGUAACUUGUGUCAUGUUAGCCACUUCACACACACCGAAACCUAACUGUGAAUCUGGAGGUGAGGGUUAUAUUGUGUCUGCAUCAGUUGUGGGAUUGUUUCUUAGGCAUGCCAGCCGCUGCAGAUGGGUACCCUGUGGCAUACUGCUCGGAAUAAUCCUGUGUAUCUUUACCUUAAACCUCUCAUUCUCUAUUUUAGAAAAUGUGCAACAUGAUUGCUGUCGUACUUGACAGACUGGGCAAUAAUCAACCUCCAAAGUUUGCAGAUUUUUCAGUUCCAAACUCACCUCCUGCUGGGGUAAGUCAUACAGCUGCCCAAGCCAGUAAUGUAGACACCCACUGCAAGUCAAACAUUAAUUUAAUUCCUGCAAAACUUUACAGUAGCCAGUUAACUAAUCUAAUGAGUUCAUUCACAAAGUUAAACUUAACAAUGGCAAACUGAAAAACUUGCUUAAAAAUCUUAGUAAUGACCUUUUAUCUCAUUGAGUAUUGUUUCUCUUUUCUAGCUAUUUCAUACUUCUCUUUCUAUGUUUUGCAUGCUGCUAGUGCUUGUGUAUGUAAAUCUGCUUGCUUUCUUUCUUUCUUUCUUUCUUUCUUUCUUUAUCAAGUCUAAAUUUAGUUAUGUAUUUAAUUUAUUACCAUUAGUGCUUUAUGUUUGUUGCUAUUUUUGCUUAUAAUGUUAAUUCUUGUGCAUUAGAUAUCUCACUUUAUUUUGUUUGUGAGAAGAAAACCAAUAAAUCUUGGCACAGGAAAAAAGCCUACAGGGGACAUUUUCUGAUUGGUCAAAAACCUCAUUGUUUACUAUUGUGUGCACGUAUAAAAGAAAGUUAUGACUACUCCUUAAAGAAACUAACAGAUCACCUAAAACUUAAUGCGUCUAAUAUUUUUGAGAUCGUACCUGGAACCCUUAGAAUGCUCAUGCUUCUUCAUGCAAGCAUCUUAUGGCUGGGCAAAUCGGGUAAAUCUCAUACCAGGUAUCUAGGUUGUAAGAAAGUUACAUGUUUUCACGAUUAACAAAUUUUCACAACACCCUUUGGGGGACCUAUCCAGAGUUAAGGAAACAGAAAGAUGUUGUAACAGCUUUUCGCACAUGUAUACUCGAUCUUGCAGGAAUUUGGGCAGUCUACUCCCGAGUUCAGAAAAAGUGCGCGAAAAAUACCAACAUUGUUUAAAAAGAGAAGACUGGAAAAGGAAAUAUCUGCUAACCCUGCAGAGAAAAAACCUGUGCGCUACAGGGCCCCGUCCCCUAGCGACAAAGUUAAUGGAAGAGAUAAUGACUCAGAUGACAGUGCUACAGGAGAAUAUAUUGAGGUAAAAUUUAAUUUAAUCUCAUAUAUUUUUUUGUUUCACUUAACUUUAGUUACCAUCUGCAAAGCUGCAAAUAACAGUCUGUCGUUUAGUCUUCUACACAGCUGUUUUUAGUGUCGUCACGCAACGCUCUUUCCCACAAACGGCAGUUUGUGGGGAGAAGCGUUGCGUGACGACACUUAAAACGGCGGUGGAUCAGACUAUCUAUCUUUGGACAGUGUCUAACUUGAGUAUGCCCAGUGUCCGACAAAAACCCAGCUGCUGUUGGACAUGAUGACCGGGCCUUGCAAGACUAUCAUUUUGAAGCUCAAGAUCUGUACUGGUAACUUGUUCCAUGGUCAGACGGCGUUAGAUUGCGUGACGAGCCAAAAGAACGUCUGCGUGGGAGGCUAUUUGGCAUUUGCUUCUUCUAGUUUAGUGUGCGUAUAGUGGAGGCGCGUGUAGCGAGGUGGAGGUUACAUGAUUCUGUGCUGGGAUUGGCUUCCCAAGCGGAAAAAAUAAAUCUGCCUCGCCUGCUUUGUUCCUGCGAGAAGGAAUGAUCCGCCCACCGUGCAACAACUUCCUUAUUACAGAGAAAUACUCUUUAUCACCAACAAUUUCUUGAUAGUUACACUGAGCUUUCGUAUCCCAUCCAGAUCCCUUCAUCAACGACGUUUGCUGAUAUUCGUAGGCUCGUUUUGAUGAGUCUUCAAAAUUGUUCCAUAGCAAGUGUGCCCUCUCCUUUGGGACUGGCACUAUUGGUCCAUCUUAGAGAGUGGUCCGUCUUAUUUAGCAACAGAACAGGAACGUCAUUUGACGGCGGGAAAGCGCGCGGAAAGGACUAAACUCGACUUCCGGUGCCCAAUUUGCCGCUCUGCCAUUGGUCAAGCAAGUUGUUGGAUUUGCGCGGGCCGUCGUCAACUGACGUUCCCGUUCUGUUGCUAAAUCGGCCUAAGAGUCAGGGACGGCAGGGACCAACUCCAGGUGUCGGUUUUAGCGAGUUGUCUGUUAAGAGAGUUUUUUUUUUGUAUAUUUUGUUUGUUUAGCCUGAAGAUAACCUGCCUCUUCAGGAGGAGCUGUGGUUUCAUGGCACAAUUGAUCGCAAAGAUAUACCUGAACGCCUUAAAAAUAACGGAGACUACCUGGUGAGAGAGAGCUCUACAAAGCCUGGUCAAUUUGUUCUGUCCACGAGGUUUGAAGGCGCAAUAAAACACUUUAUCAUCCAGACCUCUGAUGAUGUGAGUACUGCUUUUUAGCGUUUUGGUUUGUCAUUCCCUCCUUUGCCAUCAUUUUUUUGUUUGUUUGUUUUUCGAAUUGUUCUCAUUCUCUUCUUGUGAUAACCACCGCUAACUGCUGCCUGGUUAGCUCAGCUGGGAGAGCGCCGGUCUGCUGAGCGCGAGGUCGCGGGUUCAAACCCUGGUCGGACCAACACUCAGGGUCUUCAAAUAACUGCGAAGAAAGUGCUGCCUUUGUAAUGACAUCUGCAAACGGUUAGACUUUCUUUGGUCCCGUCUCACAGCACUUUCACUUAUCUGGCUCUUUUGUGGCGUAAAAAGCACCCACACCACUGUUCGAGAAGAAUAGGGAACGUAGACCCUGUGGUGUGGCCAAUCUUUCCUGGACUGGGUGGGUUAUCUGUAAGGAGAGAUCUUAAUAUAGGGAUAACCUGAUGACUCUCCCAUGACCCUCCUUCAAGUGUCGUACUGGCUACCUGUAACUGAACAAUGUACGUAUGUCGUUUCAUAGGGCUUGGUGCGUUUUGAAGACAGGGGGUUCCCCAGUGUCAGGGAACUACUGGAUUAUCACGUGCAAAACAAAAUCAACGUGACCAAGAAAUCCCAGGCCAUAUUGGUCAACCCUGUUUUGAAGGAAAAAGACAAGUGGGAAAUGCGCCGGGAAGACAUCAUUCUCAAGGAUAAACUUGGCCAGGGCCAUUUUGGAGACGUUAUGAAAGGAAUUCUAAAGCCUUCCAAUUUACCAGUGGCCGUGAAAUCAUGCAAGGAGAGUGUUUCUGCAAGUGUGAAGAAGAAGUUUUUAGCAGAAGCAGAGAUUCUGAAGCAGUAUGAUCAUCCAAACAUUGUGAAGCUUAUCGGGGUGUGCGCAGACAGGGAGCCUGUUUUUAUAGGUAAACUAAUUAAUGGGUACCCGACCCGUAACAAUAAUAGCCUGCGUUGCAGCUGUACUUGUCACCCAAUACCUACAAUCAUGGACAAAAGUCUUGGAACACUUGCAUUUCUGGGCGUUUUCCAAUUCACACAGGUCCAACCUCUCCCCUCACCCCACAAACAAUGUUGGACGCGUGUAUCCAGAAUUUUCCCCGAGUUUUAACUUUGUACAGGGUGGGGGGAGGGAAAACUGCCGGAAAAUUUCGAAAAGGAUGCGCUGUUUUAUGAGGGAACCCAGAAUGACAAAAAAAUAAUAUUGCAUUACUGUCCCAAGGACGUUUGUCCGUGAUUGCAGAUAGAGAACUCGAUAUAGUCCAAUAUAUCGGGGAUUUAGAUGGUCUGUGGUGCAGGCUAUAACAGUAACCGGCAAGCAGUUGAAUAUUCUAUAAGCCUCUUUUUGCCUCCCUUCUAACAGGAACUGGCCAAAUACUUAUUUUACACCAUGUCUUAGGUACUCUGCUGAUAGCAGUCCGACUUUUCUCCGUCAAGUUACUUAUCGCAGCAAGCUUGGUCGCAAAACAAGACGUUUUAACAGCAAGGGACUGGAAAGAGACGGCUCGUUUGAAUCCUUCUUGUCCCAAUUUUUAUUUAUUCUUCAUUUACUUAUUUUUUUAUUAUUAUUUUUCCUGACAACAAGCAGUCUAAUUUGCUGCCAUAUCACAUAUUCCGUGUUCUUGGGUCCCUUAUUCGACGCUGAGGGAUCUUUAAUAUGAGUAUAUUCCAGUUUCGAGUUCGCUAUUAAUAAGCGCCCAGGGCGGUUAAUCGAAUAAAUACCGUAUUUCAUUUUCGGUUGGUGGUACAGAGCUGCACUAGGGGCAAUUCCUAAGUCGAUUUAUAACAAACUCUUUCAUGCUGUGUUUACCUUCUAGUGAUGGAGUUUAUGCCCAGUGGAGACUUCCUUUCUUAUCUACGUAAGAAAGGCGCCCAUCUAAAAACCAGAAACCUAAUCAGGUUUAGUGUUGACGCAGCCUCUGGCAUGGAGUACUUGGAGAGCAAGAACUGUAUCCAUCGAGAUCUGGCCGCGAGAAACUGUUUGAUUGGUAGCGACGAUUCACUCAAGAUUUCAGAUUUUGGGAUGUCUCGCGAAGUGGAGGAAGGUAAAUGCAGGUCCUCCCCAGGGCUUUUCGCUAAGAAAAUGGGAGAAGCCCUGGGUACGAGGUUGGUCCAUAUUGGUACGAACUAGGGAACUUAAGCACGCGCCGUUUUUGAGCGACGCACGUGAACCGGAAGGGCACUUUUUGCAAUCUUGAGCUGCGAUUUUGAACAAAUUUUUGGGGCAAAUCGUCUCUUAUAAGAGUUAAGACACUUGACAAUAAAAAUUUGUUAGCGUCAAGGUUUAUUAAAAGACAAAAAGGUUCACUUCCGGUUGUCGUGCGUCGCUCAACGACUUCGCUGCUUAAACUCGCUAUUGAUACUCAGGCGUAUUUCCAGAAACUGAAAAGCCACGAUUUCAUUUGUAAAAUACUGAGAAAUAACGUAUUUCACUAAGAGGUGCCUGGACAUUUUUCUUUUUUUUCAAUUACUGCCAAAAGAGAGACGCUGAAUAAAUAGAGGGAGGGGUUGGGCGGGGAGGGGACGCUUAUUAACCCUUUCACUGCCAAAUAUGACAAAAGGCAAAUUAGACAAAAAUCCCAAAUUUCAUUUUGUAAAUUUUUUUAACACAAAUAACACCACAUGAAAGUACUUCCAAAGAGAUUUCAUUUGAAUGGUCGCACCAUAGGAUUUUGUCCACAGACGUAAAAGUUAGAACCACCCCACAAACUGCAUCAUCCACUCUGGCAGUGAAAGGGUUAAGUUUUUUCCUUAACGAACUGAAGAGGACUCUAUAAGGAGUUCGUAAUAGCGAAAAUAUAGAAGAACAGAUAACGCACAUAAAUUAAUUCUGCAAGCACAAUGGGAUAGGCGUAACGGAGACUAACUUAAUGUCGGAGAAAAUCAUGUUCUUGGCCUUUAAUAGCCUGUACAGCCACCUUCUCAAACAAAAACGACGCUUAUUUUCUAGGCCAGUCGGUAUUUGGGUGCAUCUCAAAUGUUUGUUUCGCUGUUUUGUGAAACUGCGAUUUCACUCAAGUUACGGAACUUAACCUUGAAUUAAACAGGCAGUAGUUUUUGACAGUGGCUGUCACUGUUUCAAAGUUCCAUUUAUAAGGCACUUAAUUGACUGAAUGCCGGAGGGCGGCGAAAACUUAGUCUUUUUUCUCUCUUUUCCUUUUUCUUUUUUCUAUUCAGUAUAUGAAGCUUCAAACAUGAAAGAGAUUCCAGUAAAGUGGACUGCACCAGAAGCCUUGAACUACUUCCAGUACACUACACUAAGCGACAUAUGGAGCUUUGGGGUGUUGCUAUGGGAGACCUUCUCCUACGGAAAUACGCCAUACCCUGGUCUUUCAAACAGAGUAAGGACAAGAAACAUUAUUAUUUUAACACAAUUCACGACACAAAUCAAGACAAAUAACUACUUUGCUAUGUUUUUAUUUCCCUUUUUAAUGCCUUAUGCUGCUUCAACCGCCAUUUUGAAUGGCACGGCACUAGAAUACUGACGAGUUAAAAAGUUUGUUCGAGGACUACUAAACUCAAUACUCCGAACCUUAGACAUUUUAGACUGUAGUGCAGGUGCAGACGUUUUCUACCAGUGGGGUGCCCGUUUAGCUUAGUUGAAAGAGUGCCUGUCUACAACCAAGGUCUUAAAAUGUGGUUAGAUCAUGCUAGCUGUGACUAAAACCCCUUUGUCAGUUCAAAUGAUCGCGUCAUUGGGCGAUGGCGUUAAGCCGUUGACUUCGUCUCCUUUAUCUUUACACAUCAGUUGGAAGGCGACUUUAAAGAACACGUGACAUCGCUCGAAAAUGUUCGAGUUAAAUGCGCGGGGCAGAAAAAGGCAGGCAGACGACAAAUUUCUCCCCUACCUUCCCCACUUCGUUCCCUUAGGCUUUUGCCACCCGUCUGUUUCCUACUCUACCUAAUCUUGUAUGAUUCUAUGGAUAGUGCCUACGUAUUCCUCCCUUAAUCCAAAGUUAGCACUUAGUUCUCACUUUCAGCAAGCUGUUGGGUUCAGGGUGGGGUAGGUGUGCAGUUUCCCGGAAACUUAUUCUGAUCCGAAUACCCCUACAAAAUGCACUUUUACUUGAAUUACAUGAGUUCAACACCUUUGUUGACGCUUGAGAAAAGUGUGAUUGGUUUUCGACUUUUUAAACUGGAGAGGUUACCGUUAGUAAUCUGGUCAAUAUUCUUUAUUCUACGCUCGUCUUUUGUUUCUCACAAAAUAUUAUAUCUUGUUCAGGAAACUCGUGACAAGGUGGAAAAUGGAUAUCGCAUGCCUGCCCCUGCAGAAACUCCGGCCCCAGUUUAUCAGCUCAUGAAGGACUGCUGGACCGUUGAUCCAGAGAAAAGACCACGUUUUUCUGAAAUACUGAGAAGACUGAAGCAAAUCCAAACCCAUAUAUAAUUCAUUACAAAGACCAUAGCCCACGUUUGAACCACCUCAGAUUGAAUCAUUUCAAGAAAAAAAGUUGUAAUACUUUAAAUGUAGUUUAACUUGCAGUAUAAGCAUCUAGAAGGGGUUUAUUUAAAGUAUAUUUUUCGCCUUUAUACAUUUUUAUAGUGCAUCUUAAAUGUCAGUUAAAACUUCAAAUCUGUUUUCCUAUUGUAAAAUUAUUAACAAGGCCUCCUUCUUUUACAGUAAGUUUAAAUCGAAGAGCAUGGCUGAAUUUUUGUCAGGUAAUUGGGGUGCAUAAAUGUUUUGUUAGCAAGUCAACUAGUCCAAAUUGUGUCAUUUUAAGAAGAUAUAUCAAAGGUCUUUACAUUUUUUUAGAGAUGCUUAGAGAUAUAACUACAUUAUAAACUGAAAUAUGUCCCUUAGUUAAAACAUAAAAUAUACUUUGGAGGAAAUUAAGAAUGAAUUUUAAAGGUUAGAAAAUUUUAUUAGGAUGAUAUUAUUACUAGUGAGAGUAGGUUUGAUUUCGUAGGUGUAACAAGCAGUUCAUGGCAAAAGAAAGAGAAUAUACAUUGUACAGAGCAUAAAGCAU